GCUUUUCAUAGGAUGAAAAUGAUACAGAUAAAGUCGGACAACAAAUGACACAACUAGUAAAUGCCUAAGAUAGAAACCACCAUAAAACAAGGAGCAAUGCCUAACCCCUUUGACAAGAACCAAGAACAAAUUGAACGGAUGACAAGCAUACGUUAGUUACAGAAACUCCACCAUCAAUCUCCAACGAGACAAAGAAUCAAAGACUUAAUUAUCAGAGCAUCAAACAUAGAAACAAGAAAUCAAACCACUACCAACAGCAAGGCUACACACUGAUAAAUUUAAACAAAGAGACUAGAGCCGGCUCACAAGAUAGGGCCAUAAAUGAUUCCGUUGCAAAAGAACCAAGUUACCCAUCAACUAACAGCAUAGACCAACAAAACCAUUCGUAACGUCAGCUACAAAGAUCUAUCUGACACCACCAACAACACCACACAAGGAGAUCAAGGCAGAUCCAUGGAUCGCCACUACCUAAGGCCAAACUCCAAAGAUAGGAGACCAACUUUGUAUACUACAGCCGCAAGAGCCAGUGAGCCACUACGGAUAUAGACUACCACCAACACAGAGGACGCAAAGCCCAUAUUUGGAAACAUCAGAGACCUCUAUUCAAAGACUCCAAAUACACUCCACAUAUCUGGCCAGCCACACACCAUCGUGGAAGAACAACGCCAUUCCAGACUGCUAUGAAGACGAGAGCAAUUGCUAGAGCCAACCGGAGACUAAACCGUAGAAAAGAUACAGCGCUCCUUCCUUGUCUAGCCUUCACAAGAACCCCAAAAGCUGCGUCACGUGACCUUCAACGAACCCUAGGUCGAAUAGAAUAAGCAACAGCGCCGGCACAAGAUGCCGCAAGGAGUGAGAAGAGGAGAAGAAGACACUGCCGGGGAGAAGAGAAAGCAAUAUGAGAGGGAAGUGAGAGAGGAGGAAGAGCCUCCCCUGCGGUGGCGGAAGCCAAAGCUACAGUUAAUGGGAGAAUCCCUACUCGAUCCAGAUGACAUCGUGAUGGGAGAUAUGAUCGGAAAAGGAAGCAACUCUGAAGUCUACAGAGGAUCAUACCAAACCCUGGUUCCUGUGGCCGUGAAGGUAAUGCAGCCGAGUAGAACAUCUGCUGUGAGCAUACAGCACAAGGAAAAGUUUCAAAAAGAAGUUAUGUAUCUAUCCAGGAUCAAACAUGAUAGCAUUGUGAAGUUUAUUGGAGCUUGCAUAGAGCCACAACUGAUGAUAGUUACAGAACUCCUUGAAGGCGGCACUCUUCAGAAUUUAUUGUGGAGAUUUCGUCCAAACACUCUUGAUCUGGGGAUGUCACUAAGCUAUGCUCUGGAUAUCUCUAGAGCCAUGGAGUUUUUGCACUCCAAAGGCCUCAUUCACCGUGAUCUAAAUCCAAAGAAUGUGCUGGUAACAAGGGAUAUGGCACAUGUGAAGUUGGCUGAUUUUGGACUUGUAAGAGAAGAGACAACAGGGGCGGAUAUGACUAUUGAGGCUGGCACUUACAGAUGGAUGGCUCCUGAGUUGAUUACUAACAAACAACCAUUCCCUGGAAUGCCUCCAGUCAUUGUGCCUUAUCAUGUCAUCGAGAAGAACAUGAGGCCAAGUCUUACGGGCAUUCCAGGUGAACUUGUCGGCCUUAUCGAAUCUUGUUGGGCAGCGGAUCCAAACGCACGUCCUGAGUUUAAGGAGAUUACUAUCACUUUGACAAACUUGCUGAGGGCCGUGUGCAUAGACAGUACUUAUGAAUCCAUUGAGGAAUCUGCUUCAAGGGUGAACCCGAACAGCAGUAUUGCGCAGACUGUAAUAAAUGAUCCAAUAGCAAACGAGGAAGAUGACCAUGAUGAUACAGAUGCGGCUCCAAUAACCAAUCUGACUCAAGGGAGUAACUGUCAGGAGAUGGAACCUAAGAAAAAGAAAGGGAAUAAGAGUAAGAAAGUGAUGAAACUCAUGGUAUCGCCUCUCUUCAAAAUGUUCAGGGCUUGUUUGUACAAGCCAUGA